UAACUCAGAUGACACCCCUCCGUUCUGACACAAACAAACCUGUCAGGUCACUUUGUGUCAUAAGGAGUCAGUCAAAUUGGGUGAGAGGUAGUGAUUCAUUCACAACCGCAGCGCUGCUUCGCCAUUAGACGAUUACACUGCGUCACCCAGCCGUGUCCCACAAGGGCUCUCUCACUUUCCCGUGACAAGCAUCAAUAUUUACCUGAAGCUUACAAUUCUAGUUCAUUUUGUGCCAUGUUAAAUAUAAUGCAAUCUAUAGGAUUAUAGUUUUCCUUAUUGAUUCAUUCCUACAAUCAAAUUACGAUUGCACUGCAAGAAACUUUUAAAUGUGAGGCAUUUACUUGAUGGAUGCCUUGUAACGAUUCGAUUAUGAUUUUGGAAUGGGCUGUGCUUUCACACCAAGGUUAUUUUAAGGCUGACUUCAUCGUUCGUUUCCAUGCUUGAAAUGUAUUUUGCUGUUUCUGCGUGCAUUUGUUGAUUUAUUAUUAUUAUUAUUGUCAGUUCAGACCACCACAUGUGAGACUUCCAGCUGUGACAAAAGGGCAGCAAUGACUCUUCAGUGCGGCUAUGUCAAUUAGAAGGCGAGCGGCAUUGUUAAGGCGGGUGCAGUAACACACGACAGACCGGAAUGUGUGAAACAAUCCCUUCACUGUAAAAUUUAUGUUGCUUUUUUCCCCCCUCUCUUUGACGUAUCCUUGUUCAAUAUAGUUUCAGCUGUUUUCCUAAUUCACACAUUUUUUAAUUGUUGACUUUUAGUACGUUUUGAGGUCGAUGAAUUAUAAUUGUUUGGCCGAAACGUCGACGGUCUCAUUAUUUUUAAUGAGAAGUCGGAAGUAAGUCGUUUUAUCUUGGUGGCGCUUGACGUUUUUCAUCCUGAGCCUUUGCGGUGGAUCCGAGGCCGCCUCGCGGGGGACGCCGCAGCCUCCAAUCCAGUUCCAAAAGAAAAGACAAGAAACGCAAAGAAAAGAAAAGCUCCCAUUUUCUCCCGCGACGCUAAUGAUGGACAUGUUCCUUGUGGAGAACUGGAGAGGCAGGGUCCCACUACCCCGCGGUGUCAGGACGGCGGUAGCCCGGCGUCGCUAGCUCCAAUCUCAGCUCCGAGAUUCGCUCGUGUUUCCCGGUCACACUUUCGGAGGAGCACUGGGACAGAGGCAGCUCAGCGCCACCGUACCUCCGGAAUGCUAACGCCGUGAGCGUGACUGCGGAUCACCGCGGAGCUGCAUGGACGCGCGCCCGCGCCAGUCGCCGGCAGCAUCCGUGCCCGUGAUGCGGCCGCCUCCCCGGCCGGGAUGCUAACAACGAGGAAGUAUCUCUGACAUGAAGACGAGGCGGCUGUUGCCUUGUGUGUUCUGGGUGUGACGCUGACUUUGUCCCCAUGACUCACCCGUGCGGACGUGGUCGUUUACGCGGCCGGCCGUGCGGCGCCCCAGCCCGGCGCAUGACACUCAGCCAGGUACCGGCGAGCCCGGCUGGGGGCCAGCUUCCCCGACUGCGGUAGGAGCGAGACUCGGGACAGACAAAGGGGAGCAGAAGCCAGCGAUCGCUCGUGGAAAUGGUGUCCCACAAGGUUCUCGUAGCCGUCCUCUUGCUCAACGUGUACAUCGGCGUGCAGUCAUUCCUGUGCUUGUUCGGCGGCGUGCUGCUGUCGGUGGUGUUCGUUUUGGCCUUCCUGAACGGACCGCGACUGCUGGACUGGGCCAGCUCGCCACCGCACCUGCAGUUCAACAAGUAUGUUUUGACGGGUUACCGGCCCGUCUCUUCGGUGCAGGAGUGCAUACGGAGUCUCUUCUACCUGCACAACGAGCUGGGAAACAUCUACACUCACGGCAUCCCUCUGGUGUGUUUCCUGGUAUUGCUGCCGCUCAACAUCCCCUGGUCCCAGAUCAGUGUGACAUGGCUGGGCGUGGUGCACUUCCUUGCCUGCCUGUCACCGCAGCUGGGCUCUGUGCUCUACCACCUCUUCAUGAACCACGAGGGUGGCGAGCCAGUCUACCACACCCUCCUCAAACUGGACGUGUGCGGCAUUUGCAUGAUCAACACACUGGGGGCGCUGCCGAUCCUAUACAGCACCCUGCUGUGCUACCCGCUGAUUCGCACGGCGGCGCUGUCCAUCUACAUCCUGCUGUCCAGCUACGGCAUCUACUGCGCGGUGACGGCGCGUAGCAGCGUGCGGCGCCUGCGCUCCUUCGCCUGGCAGGCGCUCUUCCGCUUCUCCUUCUUCGUGCUGCGCUGGGCGGGCGUGGGCGGCGGCAGCCCCACCUCACUGCGCCAUUUCCUCACCAUGGACGCGCUGGCCGUGUUGGGCGGGGUCAUCAACAUCGCCCGCAUCCCCGAGCGCUUCCGCCCGGGCCUCUUUGACUACUGGUGCAACAGCCACCAGAUCAUGCACGUGCUGGUGGUGGGCUCCAUCCUCUACUUGCACUGGGGUGUCCUGGACGACCUGCUGUGGAUCAACAGCUACAACUGUCCCUCCGACUGAGGCCCCCCACCUAAAAUCCAGAAUGUUUGCCCUGUCCCCAGUGGACGGCCGAGUAUGAGGAGAUGCUGCAAAGCAGAGGUGGGGGAGCGACUCAUACUUAAGGCGCCAAUUUUAGGACUUGACACUUGUUUGGUGACAACUUAGGAAAGACUCGACGUGUCGUUGAGCUCAAGUAAACUCCCAUUGGUCACGAUAUAGAGGCAACACAUGUAAAGCAUUUUGACAUAGUUUAUUUUUUCCUUGCAUGCUAAACACAUUUUUUGUCUGUUUUGUGAUCGAGGCCAAAGAAAAAAAAGUAUUAAUUUGGUGGUAUCCUCGUGUCAGGGAACUAUGUUGAAAUGAAUUGAGGUGUUUCACUUGCAGAAAAAUAGAGAUUUGGCGCCACCCUGUGGCAUUUUAGAGUCAAUGGACUAUGUUAAAGUGAGUUAAGGAGUUUCUUUUACAGGAAAUAUAUUCGUUGGUCGCCAUCUCGUGGCAUCAAGGUGUCAAGGGACUAUGUUGAAAUGAGCUGAGGAGUUUUAGAGGAAAUGAGUGCUUUGAUACCAUCCAGUGGAUUUUUUUGUGUCAAGGAACAAAAAAAUAGUACUCCUUCGUUAUCUCAUGGCAUCUUAGUGUUAAGGAACAAUGUCGAAGUGAGUUGAGAGCUUCAUUCAGAUAAAAGUUGUUUUGCCAACACCUUAUGGCAGCUUAUUGCCAAGCAAUGUUGUUAAAGUGAGUUGAGGAGCUUCAUGUAGACAGUACUUUCCCACAGUCUUGUAGCCUCAUGACAUGACGGACCUACAGUACGAUGAAAUUGAUUUCGGCGUUUCAUUCAGGGAAAAAAAAACUGCUAUGCGUCCGGCUUGUGGAAUCUGAGAAUCAAGGUUCUUGGUUCUAGUGAGUUGAGACUUUAAUUCAGAUAAAAAUCAUUAAUCCGCAAUCUUGUGGCAUGAAUGUUGAGAAGCAAUGUGGAAGUGAGUUUCGGAGUUUCACCUGGACAGAAUUAGUCUUUUGCCACCAUCUUUUGUCUUCUUCAUUUCAAGGAACUAUUUUGAAGUGAGGUGAGGAAUUUAUUUUAGAGGGAAAAUAGUGAUUGCUUACCAUCCUGUGGCUUCCAGAGGCAAUUACAGUACACAACCAAGUGUAUUUAAUGUGUGAUGAAAUGCAAGCUUUUUGAACCUGACUCAUGACUUAAUUCAACCAAGCGACGACCUGACUCAACUUGCCUCAAAUUUGGUGGAGACUCAAUUUAAUUAGAUUAUUUUAUUUAUUUAUUUUUUUGCCACAGUCGCUUGGAACUUGCUUAAAAGAUGAAGCAUAACACUGUAGACUUACUAAUCGUAUGCACAAGUGCACAGUGUGCGUGACUUCCUCCCAACUCUGUUGUAACGUCACGCGGUCGGCGAGGUCACCGAGGACGUUUUGUUUUUAUUGGAUGAGUGCGGCAGGAUUGCGAGACGGCCGUGUUGCUGCCUUUGUGUCCAUAUCGGCGACGUCAUCACCACGCCCACUUUGAUUUAAACGUUAAGAGUAACAUGUUGAUUGUAUCUAACACAGCACACGUCACUUUGUUGCGUUUCAAACAGUACAUCUCAAAAUGGGACAAAAAUGCUACUUUUCUGUAGGUGGCGCCGCCACAGCGGAACCGCUGAAGUCGAAUUCGGGCUCUGGCUUUGUGUUCUGAGGAGUUGGCGACGUAAAGCUACCCUGUUAAAACAGCAGAAAUUGAUGAUGAUUAGGGUUUUUUUUUUAAACAUACUAGAGUAAAAAACAAGUAAUUGUUAAAACCCAAAAAACUAUUGUAACUUCGCCCCACUCUGCUUGUUUUCUUUAAUCAAUUUUACAAGUGUAAAACUCAGUAAGUGUCCAACGUUUUCAAAAUGCGGCUCAGGUUGCUCCUUGAGGAAUGACUGGCACCAAAAAAGACAAGGAAAAAGGCAAAAUAACAAAGGUCUGCCUGAAAAAGGUUCCGCUGUAGUGCGCUUUUGUCCAAAAAAAGAUCCACAGCCCUGCUUUAAAAAAACAAACAAACAAACAAACAAAAAACAGCAUCAACCAGCAUAAUUUUGGUUUGUUUUUGUGCUGAUCUUGCCUGUGAAGCCAACAAGACCUGUCUGAAAACAUCAAAACCUUGCUGACGCAUGUAAUUUUUGGGGGGAUGGAAGACACAAAAUGUACGCAUUUUUUUUAAUACUAAUUUGUGCUUCUUUGUUUGGACGCAUUCUUACACUGGAUCUACCACAUUUUUGUUUUGGGAUGUACGAAUGUCAAAUUAACACACAGAUGCUAACAUGCUAACAUUUUGAUUUUUUUUUUUUCAAUGCAUGAGAGUCGCUAGCAAGUUAGCUUGAGGUUAGCCUGGCCUUCAUUUCUUUGCUCUCAAAGGGCUCAGAGUUCAUCGACUUAAUGUAAGUAGAUCAUGUACAGUAUGUAAAUCAUGUAUACACAUAAGCAGUAUAAAUCACUUUUCGAGAGAAAAUGGACGCUAGCGCAAAGUAAAUCUAUGCAUAAGUCAACAACAGGGAACAUGGUUACAUGCUCUAUGUUCAUUCCCACCUCUCAGGGUGCCGAAACGGUAGCGGAAGACCAUGCCGAGUUUUCUGUCUGGUGAAAUAAUUGACACCCGCCCCGUGCUUUUUGGCACAUCAUGGUGCAAGACGGGAAGUGGAAACCGUCCACAAAAUUGCCUCCUGGCGGCACAGCAGGCCAACAGAGUUGUGCUUUUUAAAAUAUAUGAUCAGAAUAUAUGACAGGUGUGCGAUAGCCUGUUGGUUUCUCUAGGGAAAAUGCUCAUUUAUUAUUAUUAUAGUAUUGAUGAUUUGGUGGACUGCUGCCACCGAGGGGCUCCAGGUGGUGCCAUUUUUUUGGGGUUCCGAGUGGAGCGCCAUAUCUAUAAACUGUUUCCGCCCCAGUCUCGAUUGUGCAAUAAACUGAAGUCUAUAUUUGUAAA